AUGGCUUCAGAGGCACACAAUUCAGUGGGCCGGCACAGAAGUAAUGGCGAUGAAAUUCACGUAAUAAGCACCUUGAGCCUCCAAGUCACACCGCCUCACGCCCAGGAAACGCAGCAACUGAUCGCGAGCUAUGCGUGCGCGACCGGCAUCGUGCUAAUAGGUUCGUUCUACCUGUGGUCGACGACUGUCUCCUCCAGAAGUGCUUUCCAAUUCGGUGCGCUUCCUUUCGUGUGGAGACAUUACCACAUCAUCCUCCUUACGCUUGAGAUGGUGCUCUUCACCACCCUCGUGGCACUGAAGUUCAACUGCCUCAGCAUGAGGGCCAUGAAUCUGGCCUUUGCCUGCGCGAUGCUCCUGGUGUCCUGCCUUGCGCUCCCCGGCAUGGUCGACAGCAACUCCAUGGUUUGCGUCUCGCAGUUCAUGUUUAUGUUUCUCUUCCGCCUCACCUGCAUCCCGAUCUCUGGCUCGACGGCCCUUGUCUUCCUUGCCUUGGGCCUGAAUCAUUGGUGCCUGAUCUGGUCGCUGGAUAUCUACCUUUCUGAAGUCAAGUGGUACAAAGCAGGCAGGGCGACAGAGAUGUACAUGGCCCUCUUCUCCGGCGUCUGGCCCCUCUGUGGAAGCUGUCAGUCUGAAAGUCGCCAUGGUCGUGCAUAUUGCCCAAAGCCUAAACUCGAGCACUAG